AUGAACUUUCUUCGACUUCCGAGGUCGCCACUUGUUUUCAAAAGAUGCUUCACCAAAUCGUUAGUGCUUUCGCAAUUGAGCAGUGCCAAUGUUCCACCACCAAACUCACAGAAACCGCAGAAACCACAAAAGCAACAGGAUCAACGUCUCACCCAAUUGGAGAUUGCUAGGGCUAAAUUCACUCCAGAAGAGUUGGAGCUCGCUCGGGUGACAAGAGAAGCGAAGCUUGGAUGGCUUAAAAAGUGUCCCGAAAAGUGGAUACCUUAUUUGGAAUUGAUGAGACUUGAGAAACCAGUGGGCACAUUGCUAUUGCUUCUCCCAUGUUACUGGGCAAUCACUAUGGCCUCGUAUUCAAUCCAUGCUCCACUCGCAACAACAGCUACAGCAGUGGGUCUCUUCUCGGCGGGGGCAUUGAUUAUGAGAGGUGCAGGGUGCACCAUUAACGACAUUUGGGAUCGAAAUUUGGAUAAUCAGGUAGCAAGAACAAUGGAACGACCAAUCACAAGUGGACGUGUCACAGUACCACAAGCAGUGGCAUGGCUUGGUGUGCAAUGCUUUGCUGGAUUAGCAGUGCUCUUGUCCUUACCGUUUGAAUGUUUUUACUUGGGUGCCUUUUCAUUACCAUUUGUCUUUGCAUAUCCUUUGUUCAAGAGAUUCACUUAUUACCCACAAGCCAUUUUGUCCAUUUGCUUUAGUUGGGGAUGUUUAUUGGGAUUCCCCGCCGUUGGUGCGCCAUUGAAUUUGUGGGUCGCCUUGCCAUUAUUCAUUUCCAAUUGGAUUUGGUGUCUCACGUACGAUACAAUCUAUGCACACCAAGAUAAGAAAUACGAUAUCAAAGCUGGGAUCAAGUCUACUGCAUUGGCCUGGGGAUCAAACACUAAGCCUAUAUUGAAAGGUUUGACCGCAGCACAAGCUGGAUUCUAUGCCAUGGCAGGGGUAAUGAACUCUAUGGGUCCUGGUUUUUACAUUGCGGGUGCAUUUGCUAUUGCUAGAAUCUACAAUCAGAUUAUUAAGGUAAACUUGGACGAUGAAAAAAGUUGCUGGAGCGCAUUCACUUCAAAUAUCCAAACAGGGUUCAUUUUCUGGUAUGGUAUAUUAUUUGACUACUUUUUACAAUUACUUGGAUAUUUAUAA